UCCCCGCCCUCCGCUAAGCCUGGGACGCGGAGCGAGCGCCGGCCAGGAGAGCGAGGGCACUGUUGAGCGAGUGGCCGGGCGGCGGGGAUGGGCUCGUGCUAGCGGCUUGCUCCGGGUUCGGGUCCUUCUCGCCAUGUAGCGCAGACUACGGGCGCUGUCCUCUUCCCUCCUCUGGUGGAUCCGUUCUAGAGCAGCUCGGCGGGGACCAUGCGGAGAGCCCCGGCGCCCGGGCUGUUGCUCCCGCCGCCGUCACCGCUGUUGCUGCUGCUGGGGUUUUUGGUACUGGACAGGGGCUGCACGGCGCAAUACUCGAGCGACUUGUGCAGUUGGAAAGGAAGUGGAUUAACUCAUGAGUCCCACAGAAAAGAUGUUGAACAAGUCUACCUCCGUUGUUCUGAAGGAACCAUAGAAUGGAUGUAUCCCACCGGAGCACUGAUUGUCAAUCUGCGCCCCAAUAUUAUAUCUUCCUCUUCCAAACAUUGGACUGUUUGCAUAAAACCUUUCAAGAACUCUGCAGGAGCAAAUAUUUAUUUGGAAAAAACUGGAGAACUGAAACUACUGGUCCAAGAUGGAGAUCACAACCCUACUAGAGUGCAUUGCUUCAGCUUUGACCAAGGUGGGCUUUUUGUCGAGGCUACCCCUCAGCAGGACAUUAGUCGGAAGAUUACAGGCUUCCAGUAUGAACUGAUAAGCAAGGGGAUGGCAUCUGAUUUGCACAUGAUUUCUGCUCCCUGCCGACCUUGCAGUGACACGGAAGUUCUCUUGGCUGUCUGCUCCAGUGACUUUGUUGUCAGAGGUACCAUCCAAAGUGUAAUCAAUGAGGAGGAUCAGCAAGAUUCCAUUAUCAACAUAAACAUUAAUAGAAUCUACAGGCAGAAAACAAGAAUCUUCAACUCUGCAGAGGAGAGUGGUCAGUGGCAAGGACAGAUCAAGACUCUACUUCAGUGUGGGGUAAAACCAGGAGAAGGAGACUUCCUCUUCACAGGCAGUAUGCACUUUGGGGAGGCCAGGUUAGGCUGUGCCCCACGUUUCAAAGACUUCCAAAGGAUGUAUAAAGAAGCCAAGGACAAAGGACUAAAUCCAUGUGAAAUUGGCCCAGACUGAAAUGGUGUUCUUCAGCUGUAGGUUACUCUUAGAGCUCAGCCAGAACUAAUUCUUAGUUGCUGCCGAUGUGCUGAUUUAAAUGGAACUAAUAACUGAAAGAGGAACCACCUGAUGUCAGGAACAAAAUAUUAUCCUUCAAAGAGGUCUGUAAGAGAAGACUGGAUGAGCAUCUAGUAUGGAGGAUCAUUGAAGUCUAGAGACUCCUUAUUGCUGCUGGAGGCUGGACUCCACGAACUCUGAGGUACCUUCUAACCCAUGAUCUUACGACUACAAGAACCACACAAGCCGGGCCUCAUGGUCAAUGGCUUGCUUAUGGAAUUGACUGAAGUACAAAGCUGGAAUACAAUCCCAUAUUUAGUCCAUUUGAACUAAAUUAUUUUUAUAACUUCCCUGGGGUGGGGAGGAAUGAAAUGCAUCACAAUCCAUGUCUUAAAAAUAUCAAUCAACCAAUGAACCUUUGAAUCUUUGUAAUGCUAAUGUUUAAAAUGUGUUAAGCAGAUGUAGCAUUUUGCAUGAUAUACAUGGACGACAAUGUGGUAGAAGCCGGUGAACCCAUUUUAACAUUGAUGCUUUGUUUAAAAAGAAAAAAAAAGUAAAAAAAAGGCUUGGUGUACAAUUUUUUUAAAAUUGUUUCUUAUGACAGAAUUUUAUGGAAUCAAACCAUUGCUUUUCUUUUUAAAGAGAAAGAAUGUACAAUUACCACCUGCAGUUUAUGUUCAGAGUGGAUGAGUUGUUUCCAUUCCAGAGAAAUAAAAUGUUCCUGGAUUUGA